UUGACAUUAAUACAUGAUAUAAGUAUAUAAAUUAUAUAAACUAAUGACUACAUAUUUCCAGUGAUUUGUGGCUUGUGCAAUUAAAAAGAAACUGCAUCCGAGUCCACAAUAAUUGCAAAUACUCAGUAUUCAAUAGUUCAGUACUCAAAGGUCGUAAGAUAUUUCGCUAUCUACAAUUCAUUCGUUAAAGUUCACACGUUUUCCUCGCAAGUUAGGUCAUAAAGUAUUGCUUUAAGUUCAUGAUUUUAAGAUAGUAGGUACUAUAAGGAUUCUGGUUGACUAGGAAAUUUAUUUAUAUGUUAAAACCUGUCUGUUCGACAAAGCGUUUAUACACAAUUGAUUAUAAUCAAUCAUAUCAAUCAUGUUCAAAAAAGAAUUUCGUAUCAAAUCGAGUGCUCCGCUAAAAGGCGCCGAUCAAAAGAAACUGAAAUCAACAAUUUGCAAAUAUUUUAACUUGACCAAUGAAACGCUGGAUGAAUUUUUGAAUCAUAAGCAACUGUCUUUGUUGAAAAUUAUAACCUACACUAAUGACAUAAUCAAAAUUUAUUGUGCUCAAGAAGUUGCGUUAGUUUUUGAUCAUAAAGGAAAAUAUUAUCCAACAUUAUUUAUGGUUUGGUCAUUUCCUCACAUUGUUCCCAGAUUAAUAAUACACGAGGAUUUGAAAUCAAAAAUUAAUGAUUUAACACAACUUACCAUAAAAGAUAUAACUUCUAUAAAUAAUGAUCAUCUACUAAUUCAGUUGCCUGUUGAUCAGUGUGUGAGUAUAUGUACCAACUCUUGUGAAAAAAUUAUUGCUAUUGGAUACUUAAUUAUUGAUGGCAAUACUAUAAAAAACCAUGAAAAGAACAAAGACGUGUGUUUAAAAGUGUUACAUUACCACAAAGAUGAACUUUUUAAAUCAAACAUGGUAAACAUUAUACCUGAUGUAAUUUCAAUGUUGGAGCGUUCUUUUAAAAAUGCUCCUGAAUUAAAUAAUGAUUUACCAAAUCAGUUUGAAGAUAACCAAACUGCUAUUGAAAAAAUGGAUGAAUUACUAAUGACAUGCUCUUUAAAAGCGCUGAAAUAUUGUAUUAAAAAAGAAAUGUUGCCAAUUUUAGCUAGUACAUUUUACAAGAAAUAUGUUAUGUCAUUUUGUCCUGAAGGAAUAGAACUUGAUAUUAAAAAAACUAGUUUCAAAAAGUUAUCGACAUUUUUACAGUUAUUGGAUGUAGAAUGUAUAAUAAAAUUUAAUGUUGGUAGUAAUGGUAUAGCUGAAAUAACUCAGGUCAUUCAUAAUAAUAGCAAAUUUCAAGAAAUAAAUAUUGAAGAAAAUCCUGAUUUGAAAGAAAAUAAUGAUCAAAAUACAGUUCCAGUAAAAGAAAUUUAUGUUGUGACACCAGGAUUACAACCUAUAUUUUCUGAAUUUCUUUGUCGGAAAGGUGAUGAGUUACCAUUAUCAUCUAUUCGAAGAUAUAUUACAGAAUAUGUUAAGAAAUACGACUUGCAAGAUAAAGUGGACCCUUCGAUUGUGAAUACAAAUGAUGUCUUAAAAAAAAUUCUAUCACAAAGAAAAGACAAAUCUUCAAUAACUUUUAAAGAUUUAAUUGAAGAAGUGACAAAACUAAUGCAUCGAACUGAAAUAUCAGUUCUGAAUACAGAUACCAAAAAAAAUUUAAAGAAAAAAAUAAAUAAUAUUGAAAUGACUGUUAAUAAUAGAAGUGGAAACAAAAAGGUAACUCUAGUUAAUAAUUUAGAGCUAUAUGGUGUCGAUAUUUUAAAAUUUAGUAAAGAAUGUCAACAUGGUGUAGCUGCGAGCACAACUAUUAAUGAUAUUCCAAAUGCACAAAAUAGACAAGUCCAAAUUCAAGGCUCUCAAAUUCCUUUUGUCUAUAAAUUAUUAACAGAUCAAUAUAAAAUUCCUGUCAAAUUUAUAAGAGGACAUGAAACUUAUAUCAAGAAACAAAAAAAAUAGUUUAAAAAUAGUUAUUUUUUUAAACUUAAUAAAAAAAAAAAAUUUUUUUUAAAGAAAAUGGUUUUCUUUU